CACCUCUGCCUAUUCCUCAAAACUCUAGCUAGUUAGCCAUAGUGUUGUACAUUCGUUAAAAUGAUCGUGCAGCAGUUCACGAGAGCUGGAGUUGGAUUUGAUUUAGCUUUAAAAGCUAUGAAGGCUACAUGAAAUGAUCUUUUCUUAUAAAUCCCCGAAAGUGCUGUUUUUAAUCUGGACCAUAUUUUUAAAACAGCCCAUUACCAUCCCCCACCCUAAUCCACCAACUGAGGAGGUACUGCUGUAUCAGACAGCAUCAUUUCAUUCUGGUCUGGUCUUGACCUUGCGUGGGAUUUUCUAAAACUCCUGUUGAGUAACUCUCCCACCACCUGUGGACAUUCACAAUAAAAGCAUAGUUUUCGCAUCAAAGGCCAUAUACACUUGUAUCCGCAUUUGUCACAAAAAGCUUAGUAAGGGCCAUAUGGUGUUUGUGUGUGUGUUCUUGAAUCACGCACUAUUAGCUGUACUCUCUGAUGGCCUGCUUCCUGAUUGCCCUGCUAUCUAGGGAUUAGACUUCAAAGCUGAGAUUUUAGACACGCCACCUCAUCUCCCUACUGUCCCAGCCACACAGUCACACAAGGAUUUACUGCCAAUCUACAGUAAGACACAAAGAAGCAAAGGUGCCACUGGGUUCUUCUGUAUGGCCCCUGUGACUCCCAAGUAAACCUGAUGAAGAUGGACGAUAACCAGUGUUAGCUUCUUUCUUUUUUUUUUUACGUGUUUGCGUUGAUAGACUGAGGCCAUUGAGAGACACGUGCGAGUCGCAAAUUCUUAAUCUCAGAGGAAGAACAGCCACAGAAGGAUUGCGUUACUUUCAUUAUAACAUCUAAAGGAAUUCAAGUAGUCUGUGGUCUCCCAUGACCGAAUCAAACGUGGAUGGUGACUUUGCCAGGAAAGUAUGGGAAUAGGCAGCUCCUUUGCCCCUUUGAGAUCUGACCAAAUCUUUACCAUAAGAGUGUGUUUGGCCCCGAGGCAGAAUCUCCCACGUAUUAUCCUGAAAGGUAUCUUCCAGGGGGUGAAAGUAGUACGAGGACCCGACUGGGACUGGGGCAACCAAGACGGAGGAGAGGGUAAGGUUGGGAAGGUGGUGGACAUCCGUGGCUGGGACACAGAGUCUGGUCGCAGUGUGGCCAGUGUCACCUGGUCCAAUGGUACCACCAACGUCUAUCGAAUGGGUCACAAGGGAAAGGUAGACCUGAAAUACGUGUCGGACGUCCAAGGAGGCUUCUACUACAAAGACCACCUACCAAAGCUUGGUGAGCAUGCAGAACUUCAGAGGCAGGAAAGUGCAGAAGGCCACACCUUCAAUCAGGGGGACAAGGUGAAGUGUCUCCUGGAAGUGGACAUCCUUAAACAAAUGCAGGAAGGGCACGGAGGCUGGAACCCGAAAAUGGCAGAGUACAUUUGUAGAAUCGGGACGGUACACAGAAUCACUGACCGUGGAGAUGUCAGAGUACAAUACAGCAACAACAUCCGCUGGACCUUCCAUCCGGGGGCGUUGACCAAGGUGAACACGUUUGGUGUGGGUGAGCUGGUGCGAGUGCUGGAAGAGAUAGACAGUGUAAAGAGGCUUCAGGCUGGCCACGGAGAAUGGACUGACAGCAUGGCACCUGCUCUGGGACAGGUGGGCAAGGUGCUGAAGGUGUACGCCGACGGGGACCUGCGCGUGGCAUUUGGCGGCCAGACGUGGACGUUUAAUCCAGCGUGCCUCUCGCCACAGUCCGUGGAGGUGGAUGCUAACCUCAUGACCGCCGAGAACCCAAGUGAAUCUGGAAACACAGUCAUUUCAGUUCUGGAGAAGCUGCUUUCUCAGUCCACAGAGCAGGACAACCCCAGUCGUCUAGUCAUCGAGGCGGCACAUGGUAGUGCUAACAAAGUCCGAGAGCUAGUACAGAAAUACCCUGACAAGGUGGAUAUAAAGAACCAGGGCAAGACUGCACUGCAGGUGGCAGCCCACCAAGGCCACAUGGAGGUGGUCCUAGCACUGCUGCAGGCCAAUAGCUCCAUUGAAGUGAAGGACGAGGAUGGUGACACUGCCCUGCACUACACAGCUUUUGGGAAUCAAGCAGAGAUUGCCCGGCUGCUGCUGAGCAAAGGGGCCAACGUGAAUCUGCUGAACAAUUCAAUGUGCACAGCGCUGCACAUAGCCGUUAACAAAGGCUUCACCGACGUGGUGCGCGUUCUGUCAGAACACUUGGCCGACAUCAACCUUCAAGACUCAUAUGGAGACACGCCACUGCACGAUGCCAUUGCCAAAGACUUCCGGAACAUCAUCGAGAUCCUGGUGGUGGUGCCUAACAUUGACUUCACCCAGCAAAAUAACCGUGGCUUCAACCUGCUACACCAUGCAGCCCUCAAAGGCAACAAGCUGGCCACAGAGAAGAUCUUGGCUCGAGCACGCCAGCUGGUGGAUGUCAAGAAGGAGGACGGCUUCUCGGCUCUGCACCUAGCUGCCCUCAAUAACCACAGAGAAGUGGCUGAAAUCCUCCUGAAAGAGGGCCGCUGCGACGUCAACAUCCGAAACAACCGGAAUCAGACGCCCCUACAGCUGGUGGUGACACAAGGCCACGGGGACCUGGUUCAGCUGCUGGUGGCAGAGGGCGCUGACGUCAACAUGGAGGACGAAGACGGGGACACGGCUAUGCACGUAGCCCUCAGCCGCCUCCAGCUUGCCAACGCCACACUCAACCCGGCCCCCACCAGCUCCACGACGACCACCACCCCAGAGAGAGGAGAAGGGGCUCCGGGAUCAUCAGCGUCUUCAUCGCUUUACUGCCAGCUGAGCAGCUCAGGGCUUAUGGGUAACAUGGAGCUCAGCGUGGGUGCGGCUAUCGCCUGUUUCCUGGCACAGGAGGGUGCCGACAUCAACUACACCAACCACAAGGGCAAGAACCCGCUAGACCUUGUGGCUGACACAGCCGUUCUGCAACUCAUCAAGACCUUUUCUGAGAAACAUCGGUUGCAGCGCCUGCAGGCCAUCACAUGCUGCACGUCACUGAGCAGUACCAGCCUACGACGGGUACACACCACGCCCAACACCAUGACCAACCUGGCCAUGCCGGCCCCGCCGGGGCCCAGUGAGUGCCUCAUCUGCUCUGAGCUGGCCCUGCUCGUCCUCUUCUGCCCCUGCCAGCACAGCGUCGCCUGCGAAGAGUGUGCUCAUCGAAUGAAAAAAUGCAUCAAAUGCCAGGUCACAAUCACCAAGAAAAUCAGACAAGACCAGACAGAGGUCGACUGCAGCCCAGGCUCAGAAAACUCAGAGCAGCACAACCUGCUGGAACAGCUGCAGUCACGCUACCGCCAGAUGGAGGAGCGGAUCACCUGCCCCAUCUGCAUUGAUAACCACAUCAAGCUGGUCUUCCAGUGCGGCCACGCCUCCUGCAUCGACUGCAGUGCCGCCCUCAAGACCUGCCCCAUCUGCCGGCAGACCAUCCGCGAGCGCAUUCAGCUUUUUGUCUGAUUCUUUUUCAUCCUACCCAGCCUCGGCGGCUCCACUUUUUGUUCAGUUAGGUGACAUUGCGCCUGGGUUGUCCAGCAGUGUCAGGGAGCUGAAAAUAGUCAUACUGACAUGUUUUUUUGGGGGGGGGGGGGGUUUGCUUUUUUGUUGCCCAUAUCUGCAUGGAAAUAAAAACCUCAGCCACUGUUCCAGGCCUACAAUGCGUUCGUUGUGAGCCACAGUGCAUAGCAGACACAGCGGGUUGUGGCACGAGGCAGCAGUGGUACUGAAGGUUCCUCCCUUCUAGAUGAACAACAGGGACAUCUCUUCAAAACAGGAAGUCCCUCACCUAUGCUGCUUUAAGAGGAUGUCUGUUACUUCCCGUUGGAUUGCACCCCUUUUUGUCGUCGUUCCCCCCCCCCCCGUUCACCUGUCUUGCCUGCCCUGCUUACAAGGCUGCAGAGAACCAUCUGAUGUCUCCCUGUCUUGAAUCCUGUGUUAUGUUUGCUCUCCUUCAUGUAAAGCUCUUUGUAAUCAGUGUUAGUCUCCAGAGGGUGAUGGUGUACCUAAAGGCUCCUCUGUAUAGUCUCGAAAAUACACACUUUAUAUAUGCAUGAGUAUAUGCAUAUUGUAAGCUGAAGACUGUGUUGUGGGUUCGGUUAUGUGUGGUUUUAAGAGUACCAGUAAUUAGUACUUUCAUUAUUUAUGUCUAAAAGGUGUUUUUUGUAAGUCAUUAUUUUUGUUUGUGCAGCAAAUAUUUCUGCUGAAAUUUCACCCAAGCUUAUCUCCUUCUCUACUCAGGGUCCUGAUUCAUUGAAAGCACUAGUAUCAAAAACCUUUUUAAUUUUUUUUUUUUUUUUAUCAGUUUAACAUUAGAUCCUUCUGACAAUUUGGUGUGUUCAUCAAGGGGCUUACUGUUGAUGUCAGGUAACAAAACAGUCAUGACUAUUUUACAGCAGAACAGACCUGUGGAUGAGUUUACUUUAGCCCUGCAUACUGUACCUUUCCUGCUUUAGGUUUGAAAUGAAUGUUUAAAUAUACACCAUUGUAGAGAUUGGCACCUGUGAAGGAUUAUUUUUUUUGUCUGAACCUGAGCAUUUCUGUCUGUGUCCUCAGUGUGUAGCAUAGUAAUUCACAGCAAGUCUGUUAGCUGCCCUAAACACUUUCUAAUGUCACAGUCAGCCCCAGCCCAGCGCAUUGAGUGGUGCAAAGAAGUUUGACAUUAUUAGGUCAACUUUGAACUCUUGUUCAAAUAAUUACUUUUGAGUUCUGAAGGCCUUGGUGUCCCUUAAAUAUAGGAACGUCAGUGAUGGACGACGAUGAAUCCUCCACUACAGGACAGAAAAAAGGAUUGGUCAAGCAUGGUGUGUAAACUUCCACCAAAGCUGAGGCAGAAAAAUUUAUGAGCAUGCUUUUUCUUCAUAUUUUGUGGAAUUUUACCAACCUUUGCAAACAGAUGUAUUGUAAAUUGAAUUAGAAAUGGCAUAAAAAUAUAAUUAAGUGUGAAUCUGUAGUUCCUGUCACGCAUCAUAUUUUGCCUACGUCGAAGAAACCCUCCCUUGUCUGUGUUUGGCCAGCAUUUUGGAUUGUACAUCAUCGUUUAUUAUCCCUUGUGAUGUUUGGUUUGGUUUUCCCAAAGGGCUUAUGCAUUUAAAAAUAUAUUUUCAUCUUAUUUUAAAUUUUUCUAUUGUGAACUUCCAGUUACAGGGGUUUUGUAGAUCCCAGAUUUGGGAGAGCCAAUAAAGAUGUACAUUUGAAUGUCAGAAAAAUUUAACCUGUCUUACUCUGCCUUUUUGUGGAAAGGUUGUAAAGAAGAAAGAGAAAGCAAAAGCGACAGAAGAGCGAGAGCACGAGAGAGGGAAAGUAAGGUUUACUAAAGGUUUACUCUAAGAAGUACUACUACACCAGUGCCAAAUAGGUGUGUGCACACGAUUGCUAGCUGGAAUGUUGCAGCCUUUAUCAAGGUUUAAAUCGUUUUAAAAUAAUUGUGAAAGACCAAUGUUGUUUAUUCACAAAACGUAUCAUGCAAAUUUACUAUAUGAAUGAAGGAAUAAGAGCAUAAUAUAAUCAGAGAAGUCUGUUAUGGUGUGUGCCAACAGACUAAGAUUUAGGAUACUAAUAAUAUACAGUAGCUCUGGUUAAAGCAGUGCACUAGUUGCAGAGUAGGGUGCCCAGUCCUCCUUUCCCAGCUUCUAAAUAACAACUGAUAACAUAGGGAAUGCAAUUCUAAAAUAUAGAUGUGGCCCAGAUUAUAGACACACUUGCACUUUUUUGAAAUACACUGAAAUGUUAAAGGAAAAAUAUAUUGAUCCAAUUACGUUUUUGUAAACUAAUGUAUAGGCCAAUUGUAAUUAAAAAAAAAAAAAAAAAGAUGAAUGACAAAAUAAUAGACACUGCAGAGCUAGUACUUGAUUGCACAGCCUUUGGACAAUAUAACUUAAGUAAAACACACUUUGCGGCACUGAACUGUUCAAAUUGAGUGGAUGUGAUUCAUUCCGGGGUGUCUAUAGUUGUCAUUUACCUUUUAUUUUUUAAAUCAAACUUGUAAAUGUAGGUUUAUAAAGUCUAAUGACUUUUGUAAUGUUGAAAAUCUGGUGUCCAAAAAAAUUGUCUUUCAAUUUCUACUUACAUAAAAAAAAUACAAGUUUCCUAUUUAUAUUUGGCUGCAUCUGUGUAACCAUUUGUUUUCUUUUUUUUUUCUCCAGUUUACAUUUUAAUGAGAGAUUCUAGAGAGCAAUUUUGAUUGAAGCAAAUAGAUCAAAUAUUGUUAUCUGAUGUCCUACAUUGGGUCCUGAGUAGACUGUGCACAGGUAAAGGCAAUAAUACUUUAGAAGAGCCAGAAGGUUAAAAAAUGUAAUACUAGAGAUGCAAUGAGAAGAACAAAAUGACUAUUUAAGCAACAAAUGUUACUAUUGGUGUGUAUACAGCACUUGGAGUUCUGAUGUUGGCCUUACUGUCCAUUCCUCCUUUGUUUGUUUUUUUCAGUUGUAUUAUGUACAAAAAUAUUUUGCAAUAAAUAUGGAACUGUUUUAUAAGGA